AUGUACUUUCAUCGUGGACAGCAGCAGAGACCGGAAUUACAGAUGUUUCGACUAGGUAUCCAGAAAUGUGAGGAGGCCGUUGAAAAUUCCUUGAAAGAUCACAAAAAAGUCAAAAUUGCUAGUGGAGGAGCAAAAGGCUUUGCGAAACAAAUGGAGGAUAAAGCAAAAUUACGUCAAAUGGGUCAAAAAUCAAAGAGAGUAACAGGUGAUGCUGAUACUUCGGAUGGAAAUCAAAGUAACCAGAGUAUCCCUACUAGUUUAAUUCCAAGAAAUAUGUCAAAAAUUAUGUUUGGUCCACUUUACACAGAUCAUGAAUAUUUGGAGGAAUUAUUAAGACAGGAAACUGCACAUAAAUGGAAAACAGCCAAUUCUGAAGAAGUACGGAAUCUAGCUCGUGAUGGUAUCGCAUAUUUAGAUGAGAGAUACAAAUUCUGGCAUCAAGAGAAACCUGUUUAUGCUCGAACUAAGGCUAGACGAAUAAAAGUGCUAGCAAACUCUCAAUUUUCAAAAAGAUCGAAAUUUCCAGGAGUUAAGAGUGUUCUAGAAAAAUUACACAAAAUCGACAAUUUACAACGCAAACAUGAACAUUCUUUAGCAGUGAAACACGCUCAUCAUCUAUUAAAUGAAGUUAGAGCCUGUGAUGAAACACAAAUUCCAAAUUAUCAUGAAAUUUUAGCCAAUAUUAAUUCACUACUUGGACUGUCCAACUUAGAAUUAGGAAACUAUUCAGAAGCAUUAAAAGCCUAUCAAGCUGCUUAUGAUCUUGGAGAGAAAAUCAAUUUACCAGAGAUUAUUUCAAAUUCAAUGGAUAAUAUGGGACGUGUUUAUGCAAAAUCAGGGGAUUAUGAUUCAGCUGUGAAAGUAUGGGAAGAGAAACUUGAAAAGUGCACCGAUGAUUUAGAUAAAGUAUGGCUCUGUUAUGAAUUAGGUCGAUGUUAUUUAGAAUUACAAAAACCACAAAAAUCUUUUGAAUACGGUGAGAAAGCAAUGCAUAUAGCAAGUGCUAUGGAGGAUAAACCAUGGCAGUUGAAUAUCAAUGUUUUGAUUGGACAAUCAAAUUUACAAUUAAAAAAGCGUACUGAAGCUCAAGAUGCUUUUAACAAAGCCUAUGAUCUAGCUAAAGAACUUAAAGCUCGUGAUGCUGAAAAGGCUAUCUUAGAGGUUAUCGAUGAACUACAAAGCACUGGUAGAGAGAUCGACACAGACGCAUUCACUGAUACUGAAGAAAAUGUGGCCUCAGAAGAAUUAACAACUCCACGAAGUAAACCACCGUCAACAGACCAUCAGAAAAUACAGUCCACUGAAGCACAGGAAGAGAUUAAUCUAAGCAGGGAAUAAGUGUCCAUCUAAUGAAACGGUUUUUUUCUCUCCAAAAAACAAUCAUGUCAAUGAUUUCAUUAAAAAGUUUCCUCUCUUAUUCUCAUAUAAAUAUGUUAUAUUGCCUUCUUCCUAUUUAUGACAGAUUAUGAAUUAUGAUUGAGUUAAAAAUUCAAAUAAAACUUGUAGUUUUGUGAAUAUUAUGC